AUGUCUGCCACCCCCACGUCAACAAACACCCCCGACGGGAGGGCUCUCACAUGGAUCUUUGACCAUUGUAUGCGCUACCCGGGUUCUUACGAAAUUCCCCUGCGCGAUAUGUACGCUCUCAACUGCCAACCCACCAAAUCCUUCGUCGCCGGUAGCAGCUCGCCCGAGACCGCCUUCAGUCCACGUAACUCAACUUCCACCCAAGCUUCAAAUUCCUCGCAGGAGAGCACAGUGGAUGCGGCAGCCGACUUCCGCUCUCAACUGAUUCAUCAGAUCUCCCGGAUGCCUUCGCAGCCAUGCUCCUUGCCCCCCACAUUCUUGACAUCCUUCCUCCGUCGCUGCUUCCCCAAAGACUUGGAUCAAGUGGACUUCCCUCAGGGACUGACCGCACUGGACUAUGCCCGAGACUUGUGGAAUCGGUGGAAGAAGGAGAUGAACUCUGCCCUGCAACGCCUGAACAUUGAACGUGCAGACGCGGAGAAUCCGUCGCAGUCGGAGCUGGGUCAAAAGUACCCCGGGGUUGUGGCCUGGCUGGAAUCUAUCACUCUCAAAGCUCGAGACCUGGAGGCGCUGUACACCCAGGUCUACGUCGGUCUGCGCCGCUGGAUGAUCAUCAACGAGAUCUUGCUGGAGCCGCACAACAAACACAACCAUAUCGCUCUCCUCAACACCCUCUAUCCCCCCAUAUCUCCCGGCGCCGGGACACCCACCCCUCAACUCACCCAUCAGCUUUUGAAGGCACAUCGUGAUGCGUUCUUCAAGAUGAUCAACAAGGUCAGCACUCGGGGUGUGGAUCCCGUCAGGCAGUCGGUGCAGCAGGGAGAACUCGAGAACGGCGCGAAUUCCUGGCUCUCUGUGUACAAUGCCCUGGACAAGUACUUGAACCUGGCCAAUGAGCUCAUCGAUGAAUGCGUCUUGAUCACUGAGCCUGCGCAUCUGGACUCGUUCGACGCCACCUCUCGGACCAAGACUCGCAAGGUCGACUCCGGCUGCAGCUUUGGCCCUGCUAUUCCCGAGGGCCUGAGCAGCUCAGAGUCAGUCGCGGAGAACGACCAAGGUGGCAAGCCACUGCCACAGUUUCCUCUCCCCUCUGAAAAGGACGCCCCCUCGGGAAAGGGCUCCGUGCUGGAGCGCCUUUCACGUGAGCUUCGCUCUCUGGGCCCUAGCGCGAAGCUCCGCAGCCUGCGCAAGAUGAAGUCUACCACCACUCUUCCCAGACCUAGCAGUCAGCAGAGUUCCAAUUACAGUUCUUCAAUCUUUGAAGUCUCUGAGGAGAAACGCGAUCGUCUGAUCCGCGAUGCCUACAGCCGAAAGAACUCUCAGUCGAAAAUGUCGACUUCCACAGCCAAUCACUGA